AUUCAUACGCAUCCACACGAGAAACUCGAAUUCUUUAAUUCUUGAUUUUGACUAUUAAUUCCCCAAAAUCUCAUCUUUCUUUCGUAUAAAUUGAAGCCUUUUCUGUUGUCUCAAAUCACACAAGUUUUCUUCGUUUUCUUGCACAAUCAGUUCAGAAAGAUUACAAGUUCUGUCUGUAUCAAUUAUACGAUGGCCACUCAAGCCAAGAAAUCAGUUUAUGACUUCACUGUAAAGGACGUUAAAGGACAAGAAGUGGAGCUUAGCAAGUACAAGGGAAAAGUCUCGCUGAUUGUUAAUGUUGCCUCACAAUGUGGCUUUACAAAUUCGAAUUAUCCUGAGUUGACAACUUUGUACCAGAAGUACAAGGAUCAAGGUUUUGAAGUCCUUGCAUUUCCAUGCAACCAGUUUGGAGGACAAGAACCUGGAAGCAAUGAAGAAAUCCAGGAGUUUGCUUGCACUCGAUUUAAAGCAGAAUACCCUGUCUUUAGCAAGGUUAAUGUGAAUGGGAAAGAUGCUGAUCCUUUGUACAAGUUUUUGAAAUCAAGCAAAGGGGGGUUUCUUGGUGACAGUAUUAAAUGGAACUUCACAAAGUUUCUAGUCAACAGAGAAGGAGAGGUUGUUAGUCGCUAUGCACCCACCACUAGUCCUCUCAGCAUAGAGAAGGAUAUAAAGAAGCUGCUUAAUUAAUGUGUUGGCUUAAAUGUUGUUUCAUGAGAGGUGGUGGUUCUUCGGUCGAUAUAGCAAUAAGUUAGCAAUCAUCAUUGUUAUAAAUAUUUGUUUGUAAUUAAGUUGUUAAAUAAUGUUUUUUUUUUCUUUUUUUCAAUGUUAAUGUGUUGUUAAAUCAUAUGAAUCUUUGAUUACUAUAUGUCUAUAUGAUAUACGGGCUUGGAGUUUACAAA